UCCGGAGGAACGGGCCUGGGACUGCGAAGAGGAAUUGAUGCUAAAAGCAAACCCAAACCCACUUCGGAACAAACGGCAUUUAAAGCUGAUCCCUUUUGAGAUAAUUAAGAUAAACCCUCAAACCUGCUCAUGCACCAUGGUUUUUCAAACUCGGUACCCUUCCUGGAUUAUUUUAUGCUACAUCUGGCUGCUCCGCUUUGCACACACGGGGGAGGCACAGGCUGCGAAAGAAGUACUUCUGCUGGACUCUAAAGCACAACAAACAGAACUGGAGUGGAUUUCCUUUCCUCCCAAUGGCUGGGAAGAAAUUAGUGGAUUGGAUGAAAACUACACACCUAUACGAACGUACCAGGUAUGCCAGGUCAUGGAACCUAACCAAAACAACUGGCUCCGGACUAACUGGAUUGCGAAAGGCAAUGCACAAAGAAUUUUUGUAGAACUGAAAUUCACCCUGAGGGAUUGUAACAGUCUUCCUGGAGUGCUGGGAACAUGCAAAGAAACUUUUAAUUUGUACUAUUAUGAAACAGACUACGACACUGGCAGGAAUAUAAGGGAAAAUUUAUAUGUAAAAAUAGACACUAUUGCUGCAGAUGAAAGUUUUACCCAGGGUGACCUUGGGGAGAGAAAAAUGAAACUUAACACAGAGGUGAGAGAGAUUGGGCCGUUGUCCAGAAAGGGAUUCUAUCUGGCCUUUCAGGAUGUUGGGGCUUGCAUUGCUUUGGUUUCGGUCAAGGUGUACUACAAGAAAUGCUGGUCCAUUAUUGAGAACUUAGCUAUCUUUCCAGACACAGUGACUGGUUCAGAGUUUUCCUCCCUAGUGGAGGUCCGAGGGACAUGUGUCAGCAGUGCAGAAGAGGAGGCAGAAAACUCUCCUAGGAUGCACUGCAGUGCAGAAGGAGAAUGGUUAGUGCCUAUUGGAAAAUGUAUCUGCAAAGCCGGUUACCAGCAAAAAGGGGACACUUGUGAACGUGAGUAA